ACCUGACUUCUCCCCCACUCAUUUUCAGCUGGAAUUUUUGAGGAGACCCGUUUUUAAAAGUGAUGGUGGCUCCACCACUUGAAGCCGGCUACUGGAUAUUUUGGCUGGCGGCGUUUUGCGUGAUUUUGGUCUUAAUUGAAAUUGGAGCUGAAUACUGUUCGAAAAAAAAGUUCGAGCAAAAAAUGGAUCAGAAGCGUGAAGCUCUCGUUGGUCCAAUCACAAGUUCUCCAGCUUCAAUUCUAGAACUUUCAAUUUUCUAUGAAUUCCUAAAAGCCCAGUGGUGCGCCUUUACAAUCGGCUCAUCGGAGCCCCCAAUCUCACCGAGACAGCUUAACCUUCUCUCCUUACUAAUAGGACCCUCUAACAGUGAUCAGGAGAUUCCACGUGACACGGUUGCUGUUUCCUGGGUUUAUGUAGGAUUCGAGUUUGGGGAGAGCUGUGAGCAAUUUGGAGCAACUGAUGAGCAGCUGAGAGGUCAUUUUGAGUAUCAAAUGAUUUGCACAAAUGUUCAAUGUAUUUAUUUUGUGGAGGAUGGGAAGAAGCGACGGAUGGCAGGUGUUACUUGGUAUCUUAGAAAUGAUGAAAAAUCAAAAAAUCACGAGGAUUACAACAUGAUUGCUAUCUACGAAACAAUAAGAGAGAAGAGAUUUGAAGAAGUGCAGAAAAUCAGAAAAUUAGAAAAAGAAGAAGCUCUCCGCCGAGGUGGAUGGCUCGGGGAGCCCACUGACGAGUACACCUCUACAAUAUUCUCACAUUUGAAGCUUCUCACUCUGAAAGACGGAAGAUUGGCAGUUUUUGCCUGUAAUGCUGAUGGCGAGGAGGAAAAAUUUGCGUUUAACGAGCGAACGGAGAGGUAUGAAGUUUUAGAAGAUGUUGUAGAAGUUGAAGAUCGACCCAGUAAUUAUUUAUUAAGGAUUAUAUAGUUUUGACUUGAAUUUUAGAUUUUUUGAGUAAUUUUAUUUAAUAAAUUUUUGCAUUUCCCA